GAGAGAGAGAGAGAGAGAUAGAGCGAGAGAGAGAGAGAGAGAGAGAGUUUCCUCUGACAUUAUAGAGAGACUCCUACCACGCACUGUAGGUUACUUUUUUUUUCUCCCCCUCCCGGCGACGUCCUCCGCUAAGUUGCGCUCCUGGAUUUUAAGUGCGUCUUGGCGAAGUCCAUCCUCAUCCAGCAGCGGCGGCGAAACCCCUCCUGUCACUCGGCCGGAGCCAAACGACCGGCGCGGACCGGCGCUUGUUGUACCUCUCACUUCAACCCGGACACGAUUUCACGCACAAACAAAGUACAGAUGCUGGAAUCUUUGAGUUGAUUGGAACAAAUAGAAAGCAGGGAAGAAAAAAAACGACGAGAUAAAGGAAGAGUGAAGAAAGGGAAGGAGAAGAAGAAGACGAGAGAGAAAGAGGAAAAAAGAGAAGAGAGAAGAAAGCAUAAAGUUUUUUGAGAAAGAGGAGAGAGAAAAGAGACGGGGACGAUGGGGAGGAAAAAGAUUCAGAUCACGCGGAUUAUGGAUGAACGCAACAGACAGGUGACAUUUACAAAGCGAAAGUUUGGCCUGAUGAAGAAGGCGUACGAGCUGAGCGUGCUGUGCGACUGUGAGAUCGCCCUGAUCAUCUUCAACAGCACCAACAAGCUGUUCCAAUACGCCAGCACAGACAUGGACAAGGUUCUGCUGAAAUACACCGAGUACAACGAGCCCCACGAGAGCAGGACCAACUCUGAUAUUGUGGAGACAUUGAGAAAGAAGGGCCUAAACGGCUGUGACAGCCCAGACCCCGACGCAGACGACUCGGCUUUGAGCAAGAAGGAGAACAAAGGCGGCGAGAGCCCGGAGCUCGAGCCUGCUCUCACCCUCACCCCCCGCACUGAGGAGAAAUACAAACAGAUUAACGAGGAGUUUGAUCACAUGAUUAAAACUCAUAAGAUACCUGCCGUGCCCCCAUCAAGCUACGACAUGCCUGUGUCCAUUCCCGUCAACAACCAGAACAAUCUCAUUUACAGCCAUCCCGGUGGUUCCCUAGGCAACCACAACCUGUUGCCACUGGCACACCAUGGCCUACAGAGAAACAGCAUGUCUCCUGGAGUUACACACAGACCCCCCAGUGCAGGUGGCCUCAUGGGUGCUGACCUCACCACUGGCGCAGGCACCAGUGCUGGAAAUGGAUAUGGGAACCACCGCAACUCGCCUGGUCUGCUGGUCUCUCCGGGCGGCAUGAACAAGAACAUGCAGGCAAAGUCUCCCCCGCCCAUGAACUUGGGCAUGAACAAUCGCAAACCAGACCUACGUGUGCUCAUCCCUCCCGGCGCCAAGAACAACAUGCCCUCCAUCAACCAGAGAAUAAACAACUCUCAGUCGGCUCAGUCACUGGCCACCCCUGUGGUAUCAGUAGCAACUCCCACUCUACCAGGACAAGGCAUGGGUGGUUACCCGUCUGCCAUCUCUACUUCUUAUGGUACCGAGUAUUCCCUGAAUAGUGCAGAUCUGUCCUCCCUGACCGGCUUCAACAGCGGCAGCUCCCUUCACCUUGGCUCAAUGAGUGGGUGGCAACAGCAACACCUUCAGAACAUGCAGCAUUCAGCCCUCGGCCAGCUAGGAAACUGCUCUAACUCUCACUUAUGUCAGGGCUCAAAUCUCUCCCUGCCCUCUGCUCAAAGCCUGCACAUCAAGUCCGAACCGGUUUCUCCUCCCAGAGAUCGCACCAGCAGCACGGGGGGCUACGGCGGGGGGGUACCACCUCCCCACAACAACUCGUCCCGCCAGGACUCGGGACGCUCCCCAGUCGAUAGCCUGAGCAGCUGUAGCAGCUCCCACGAGGGCAGCGACCGCGACGAGCACAGGAAUGAGUUCCACUCACCUCUGGGACUGUCCCGGCCCGCCAUGGAUGAACGCGAGAGCCCCUCCAUCAAGCGGGUGCGCCUGUCAGAAGGAUGGGCGACAUGAUAGCCCUGUCCUAUCUCCCUUGCCCCGAGUUGCCCUGAGCCCCCCCCCCCCCCAUCCGACAACGCAUCGUCACAGAGCCCCCAAAGUCAGCUCCCUCCUCUUCUGCCUGUCACCUUACGUGACGAGUCACCCACCGCCCAACCCCAUGGCCCCGCCCCUUUUAUCUCUUCAACGCUGAAGGAAAGAGAAGGGACGACCCUUUUCAAAAAUCUGUUUGUAAUUUCUUUUCCCUUUUGUUUUCUUUUUGCUGAGUGUGUGUGAGUGUGUGUGUGUGUGUGUGCGUGUGUGUGUGCUAUACAUAUUGACAUUAUAUAUACCAGUGGGGUGUUGUAAUGGGGGGUUUGGGAGGGUGGGUGUUGAUUGGGAUAGGAUCAGGGGGGUAUUUUUGUUGGGGAACUAUGCAUAAAUUGUAUUGUGUGUGGAUAAAAAGAGUCACGUAUGCAUAUAUCUUUACACGUGUGUGUAUGUGUACAUAUAUGCAUAUCAACAAAUAAACAAAAAAAUAGUCAGGUACUCUGUUUCAUAAAACGUACGUACAAUUUGCCUCAGCGAUAUAUCAGUGAAUAGAGACGGAAAAAACAGAAAGAAAAAAAAAACAUUAACAUGAGUGUGAGUGUGUCCAGUGGAAAACACCUUAGCACUUGAGUUGGAGAGAAAAUACAUGUGUACAGUGUUGGUUUCAUUGCUAUAUACCUUCUCUGCAGUUCUCCCUUGCAAAAAUGUGUGUUACCAUUAGAUGAUGUCAUGUUGCAGGUUCAACGUAUUUAUGUAAAUAGAGGGUGACGGGGGGGGGAGGGGGGGGGACGGGCAGGGGUCGAGUUGCCAGACGUUACAAGGUUUAUUUACUCACUAAAUGAGGAGCUUUUAUGCAACAUUUGAAGGAUUGUACAGGUAAACAGACGAAUCGGAUGCUAAACGUGUGGAACCUUCGGCCAUUGCAGCGCUCCCCUUAAAGACAGGAGCUGCACGAGGACCACCCCAUUGAUCUAAGAGCUACGUUAGUGUAAUCAAGACAACUCUCGAUCUAGUAUUAACUAUUCAGUAUUAAUAAACAAAAAAAAAGAAGAAAAAUAAAAAACAAUUGUACGAUACACUUGCUUAUAUUUUCAUAUGAAAGGAAUACAAUGCAAAGCAUUUUUGUGGCUUUUUGUAGUUUCUAUAAGCCAGAAUGUGUUUUUGAUAGCUUUGCUAAUAAGAGAUGGAUAGUUCACCCGGAGGGGAGGAGACAGGGCCUCGGAGCCCUAAGCCAUGAAAAACAGACUGAGAUCCAAUGCUUUGCUGAACUGUUUUAUCUUUGUAGAGGUUUGUUUUUAAACGUGUAUUUCUAAUUAUAUAUAAUAAUGGUAAUAUUAAGAAUCUUUUAAAAAAAAAAAUCUGUGAAAUUAACAUGCUUGUGUAUAGCUUUCUAAUAUAUAAAUAUAUAUAAUAAUGAUUUUUUUUUUGGUUGGUUUCUUAGUGGAGUUUCUAUGUGCAGAUGCACAUUUUGUCUGGUUUGUUUAAUUUGAGCCCUGAGCAGUGCUGUUUUCGGGGGUGUACUUAUAGUCUAACCUUAACAAACCAGCCGGAGAGCGUGGCCAGAGUCUGUGUGACCGAGCAGAGUCGGACCUGAACGCUGACAUAACAACCUGUUAGUGGGAAAUGUCACGAGACUGGAACUGGGGAUGACAGAAUUGAACACUGACACACGAUGUACAUUAUUGUCACUCUGAUGAGGAGAUAUGACCGGGCCUCAGUCCACAUCCACAUUCAUUUUUAUGCAUCAGAUAUUUCAUUCGUAACAUUAAUUACCUAAUUCAAUAUAGUUAAUCUCAUCAGACAUGUUUCUGACAUUAUCGGUUUUCUUCUCCAGUGCGAUCUGAAGCGUGUGCUCAGGAUGUUGCACGAGCCCAGAGCCGAUCCGUACAAUUUUCUUUUUGAAUCAUCAUUUUUUUCCCCCGUAAUAUGAUUUUUGAAAGUGCAUUGUGAUUAAUUAUCCCCAAUCAUCGGUCUGUGUUGAUUCCUCAUGUUCCGCUCUUCAAAGCAGGGUUCCACAUCAUGUUCCCCCAUGUCACUGACGGCUCGGCUUCAGCCACACAGGGACACAUUGGUCACGCUGGUUUUGGGAAAAGCACAAUUGUUUAUUUUAGAUAAAAACAGCUGUUUUGAUUUUCUCUUUUUUUAAACAACAAAACUAGCCACACGUCUCUCCGCCUCCCACUCCCCUAUCUGCUGUCACUUAAGUGUUAUGAUAUUUCUGUGUGCAUAAUUCAUGCAGGUUCACUUUGUUGUUACUGUAUACAGUCUGUGUAGUCGAAAAGGGGCAGAGCCUCUAUAACGGUGUUCUCUCUCUCUCUUCUCUCUCUCUCUCUCUUUUUUUAAAUUCAAUUCAAAAAGGCUGAGAAAAAAAUAUUCAUAUAUAUAAACAUGAUGUUUCAGGCAGCAUAAGUGUGGAGAAACCAAAGCCAGUGGCAUUUAUUUUUUUUGUGUUGUAAACUCAACUUUUAUUUUCACAUUCAUUUAUGGUUUUUUGCAAGCAUUGAAACAACACAAUAAAAAGAAUUUGCUCAAAUGUACAAUUGGUUUCACAUUUCAAUUUCAGUCAAAUGUAGCGUUCAGUUGUCUUUUACCAAACCACAGUGUUUUACCUGUUCUGUUGCUCAUUCGUCUCCCUGUGCAUUGCAUUGGACGCUUUAUACAGAAAAGGAAAUAUUGUAUCUGCAAUUUUUAUUCACUUUAAAUCCACUGAGUCGUUUAGGCCUGGUGGUGUGAAACGCUUGUGUGAUCAAAACACAUUCACACACUUAUUAUCGUUGAAUUAAUGCAAACAUGUCCUGCUUGUUGUGUCGUUUUGACAUUAAUUCAAACCAAAGACAUGGAGAAAACUUGUCUUUAUAUCUUCUGUUCUGUUUCUUUUUGUGUUUUGUUCAAAAUCGGAAGCCAUUCUUUUCCAUCAUCUGUUGAUCAGUUGUUCUCUGUCGUUCUGUUAUUGCAGACUAAAUGUUGGUACCUCAAAUUUGACCCAGGCAGUACCUCAGCUGAUGUUUUUGAUAAGUCACCUGCAGUGCAAAGGGGAGACCAUACACCUGUACAGCCAUGUGUAGUGACAUACCAUUGCUUAAGGUCCCAGUAUUCACACGGGAUUCUCUGUUGCUCCAUCGUGUUUGUGGUUUAUUUAAGUUGUAUUCAGAAGCUGAAAAGGAUUUUUUUGUUUUGUUUUAAAUGAGUAACAUGUUAAAAUGCUUUAAAAAAAAAAAAAGUCAGUCUGUAGUAUCAAUGUAGCUUGUAUAAACCUGAAAAUGGGGGAGGUUUGGAACUAAUGUUUUCUGGAAACGCAAGAGCGGCUUUCAGCGGCAAAAGCUGGCCUUUGUCGCCACUUAAGACUAAGAUGGUAUUAAAUUAAAUCCACAUCUCUGUAACUCAAGGGACUUGAUUCAGCUGUAUGUAGUGAACACGUAUGGGCGAUGAAAUAAAAGUCUCCUCUGCUGGAGGGAAAGGCUAUUUGUAUUUUGCAGCGAUUUCAGUAAAGUUACUGGCUUUCUUAGUUAUCCUGA